GCGCUUCCGCCCGCCGCCGCUUCCGCCGGCCGUUGUGCGCCUGCGCGGUCGCCAUGGUGACGGGGCCGCGGCCGCCAUGGCGGCGCCGCCGGAGUCGCUGCUGCGCUACUGCCCGCCCGUGCUGGUGUCCCGCCGAGGAGACCGGGCCUCCGCGGGGGGUCCGGCCCCGCGCAGCGCCAGCGGCUUCUCCGCCACGCAGCAGCCGCAGGAGCUCCUGAACGCCAUCCUGCCGCCGCGGGAGUGGGAGGAGGCGCAGAAGCUGUGGGUGCAGGAGGUGUCCACCGCGCCCAGCACCCGCCGCGACGUCGUGCAGCUGCAGGAGCAGCUGGACCGGCAGCUGCAGCAGCGGCAGGCGCGGGAGACCGGGCUGUGCCCCGUGCGCAGGGAGCUCUACGCGCAGUGCUUCGCUUUAGGGGAUCUGCAUCGCCGGCAUUGCCUGGAGGGCUGCACCACCACCACCGUGCUUUUACCUGCUGCACUCAGUGCUCCGGCUGCAAUACGAGCUGAUCCGGCAGAGCACGGUGAGCUGCGCCGAGCGGGGGCUGCUGCUGCUGCGCGUGCGGGACGAGCUGCAGCUGACGCUGGCCGCCUACCAGGCGCUCUACGAGAGCAGCGUGGCCUUCGGCGUGCGCAAGGCGCUGCAGGCCGAGCAGGGCAAGGCCCACCUGGAGAAAAGGUUUCCACGGGAUGGCAGCAAAGACCAUCAAAAGACUCAGCUCGCUGUCCUCGGGCUUAGCUGCACUUCUGAAGCUUGUUGUACAGCUUUAAAGACUGCACCACACACCACUUUGUCCUGAUGCCUUAAAAUUCAGCUCUUGUAUUUUUCAGAUUCUGUACUGCAUAAGUUUGUAACUCUGAACUUCAUCUAGAGCGUUAGCAAGUUCUCUUCACAGUUUAGUUAGUCUAAACAAUCCUUUUUCCUUUCCUGAGAAUACCAUUAUAGCUUCAGGCCCAAAAAGUAUGAACAGCAAAUUGAGGAGAACAAACUGGGAGGAUGGGACUUCAUAACCUGAAGCUGUAAUUGGGCAUUAACUCCAAUAUGGAAAUGGACCAAUACUUAUACAAGUGUGAAAACUCUUGACCCAUGGUGCAUUUUGGGUGUAGCCACCCAAAAUGUACUGCCCAAGGUGUAUCCUUUGAAGGCCUUUUAUUAAAACCUCCUUCAUUUCUUUAACCCUGUCUAGCCUCUGUUCUAGCCAGGCUCUCAAGGCACCAGUCCUGUCUGAAGUGAAAAUUGACUGCCAACAAAACCUGAGACAUCUGUACUUAUUGCCGCGGGUCUUCAGGGCAGUCAGGACUUGGUGAAGGGAAGGAGAGAUCUUGACUCCAUUUCAGAAGGCUGGUUUAUUAUAUUAUGAUAUAUAUUACAUUAAAAAGACCACACUGUAACUAUAUUA